AUGUCCUAUUUGCAUGUGCUAGAAAAUACUAUGAUGGCCAGUGGAAAACUAGAGUACAAAGUACAUUCAUACAAUAGGAAUGGCCUUUGUGCAUUGGGCUUUAUGGAUGAUCACUACCCAGUUCGAAGUUCAUUUUCUUUGCUUAAUCAGGUACUAGAUGAAUACCAGAAGAAUUUUGGUGAUUCCUGGAGAACUGUACAAGCCGAUAAGACUGAACCAUGGCCCUAUUUGAAUGAAGCUCUUACAAAAUUUCAGGACCCUGCUGAAGCUGACAAGUUGUUCAAAAUUCAGAGGGAAUUGGAUGAAACUAAAAUUAUUCUUCACAAGACAAUUGAUAGUGUCCUUGCACGAGGUGAGAAGCUGGAUAGUUUAGUUGAGAAGAGCUCUGAUCUCAGUGCAGCUUCCCAGGUAUAUUCUGUUAUUUGCAUAUGCUGCCCACAGUCCUGUCUGUGUAUUCAGGAAAAUGAAAAUGUAUCUAAGCAUUUCAUGGCUAAUAAAUGA